AUGGCCACGGCUACCGGGCAUCGGAUGGAGUCGAACAGCGGGAUGGGACCGCGCAAGACCAUGAUCAUCAUGGUGACGGUCGUCGGGUGCGUCGCCAUACUGUGGCCCAAGGUUUUCUAUCCCAUGAUGGUUGGCAAUGGCCAGAACAAGAAUGUCAUCAAGGACCAUCGAGGUGCCGGGUGUUGCGGUGUGGUCUUGGACCAGGAAACGUUCGCCAACGCAUCGAUCAGCUAUGCCACCAGCCAGCAGCAGCAACAGCAGCAGGAGCAGAACCUAUUCCGCAAGCGAAACUUUGCACCUUACGUCGACAUUGAUAGUAUACGACAGGAACGACCACCUCAUUUGCGGCCAGAAGCGAUGCAUCCUGCUAUGCGCGAACGUGGUCGAGCAAUUCCCCAGUCCGGCUCCAUACACGGCGGCGAACGUCCCCAGUCCGCACCCAGAAUAGUGGAAGGCAGGCCCGGUCCCAUACCUGGUAUGCGCCCACCUAUGGGAGCUGGAUCACAUCAAGCAACAAAAUCAGCCAACUCAAUGGGUUUCAUAAUGCCACUCUAUACCAUCGGUAUAGUUUCAUUCUUCAUCUACACCAUCAUGAAACUAAUCUUCAAGAAGUCACCGGCUACACCGUACGCGGAGGUUAAGCCGGAUCCGGCGUUCCGCAACGAGGUGUUCACCACGGAGCAGUACAUUAAGCGACCGGACGACGGUACGACGAAACUAGACCAAUCACAUGUAACGGCAGCCACGAACGGUGAGCUCAUUGUUCCGGUUGCCGUUUCGUCGGUCGGUAGCGCAGUUAUCUCGGCCGAACCUUCUUCAGUGCAGUCAGAACUGUCGAUUGACUACGAGCAGCUGUCAAAGCAGAAGGAAAUUACUAAGCCCGACGAAAGCGUUGCUGCCGAGCAAGUCCUACCAGACCACGAACCCGCGGUGCCGGACGAUAGCGUUGCAUCGACUGAAACCGUGCCUGAGGGACGGGCAGAGGAAUUCUUUAGCGAACAGCAACCGGUACACGAUCCCACUAUCGAAAAGGUAGUCGAUGGAAUCGUUGUGCAAAGGGUUGUUGCAGUCGAAGAGUCUGCCGUGCUGCCGUCUCAGUCCACUUUGGAAGAUGUUGUGGAAUCGAAGAUCCAGGAAGAAAGUGAGCAUAAAGUCGUUAAUGGAGCGUCCAGUUCUGCAAGUGAUGACACUGUUGACUUGUCAGAACAUCUUGAAAAUGGGCAGGUCCAUGAUGAAAUUGACGUUAAUGAGCCUGUAAUCGAACAAGUAAUGCUAGUCCAACAAACGUCAAUGCAAACUGCAGCUAUUGCACCCAGUAAGGAAGACCCAACGAUCACGCCAGAACCAAUUGAUGAACCGGACGUAGCUCAGCAGAUUGAACGUGUUGCAGAACCAACACCAGACGAUGAAAUGACAAAUCACGCAACAAAGGAAAAUGGCCAAAACGAAACUGUAACAGAAUUGAAGGAUGAGUUACAGGAGCGUCCACCAAUGGUCGAGGAGUCAAGUGAGAAGAAUGUGGUGUCAGAUGUACAAUCGUCUAAUGAAACCGAAAACGAACCCCAGAUUGUUCAAGAAUGCGCUGUUAUUAUAGCUGCCGAAACUCUGUCAGGUCAAGCGGAAUCAGUUAUGAAGGAAGAAUCGUUUGAUGUCACUUAUACGAAACCAGAAAACGAACCCAUUCAAAAUUCAGUGGUUCAGGACGUUAAAACUGAACCUGUAAGCACUAUUGCCGAAAUCAGUAAGGAAACCCAAGAAAUUAUAUCCGAGGAUGUUCCUCGAAACGACGCAGUCCCUGCAGAAAGCGAACUGAAACAAACUUCUGACGAUACUAUGCCAGAGCAGCAAAACGUACCGCAAUUUGAGAUAGAACAAACCGCUAGUGUGAUGGAUCUGGCUGCCUCAGAUACCUCGGAUUUGGUUCAUAAAACGGUGGAAGAUAUUACCCUUACUGCGGAACAAUUGGUGCAGGAAGUGCUGGAACACGCAGAGGAACUUGCGAAACAGCAAGACCAGCACCCCGAGUUACCAGAAUACGAUCCCGCAACUCAGAAGCUUGUCGAUGGGAUGGUUGUGGAGCGAUUCGAUCAUCCAGAAGUGAAGCAAAUGGAAACUACUGACGCAACUGUGUCACACGAACGGUCCGAUGAGCAAGAUGCUGUCACCGAAGAAUCGACAGUAGAUGAAAUGGAGCUUGCUGCCCCUGUUGAGCAAACAUUGAUUGAAGAAGAUGCUGGAGAAAAUGAUUCAAUCAGUGAAGACACAUCACUGAGUGUAGCAUCGGUAAUUGAGCAGCAACCUGCAGCAAAAGAAUCGGAAGAAUCUAAUACCGUCCCGAAUGUGGUACAUGCGACGGAUGAGACGUCCGAUAGUAUUGCUGAUCUGGUGACGUCGGUUGAAACUAAGAACCUAUCAGUCAAUGAAACGGUGCUGGCAACGGAAGCCACUCAAGAUCCAGUUGAUGUUACCGAGAUAGGAAACAAUGGUGGUGUAGCUCCAGUUGACAGUAACGAGAAUGGUGCGGUGAUCGAGCAACAACCUGUACCAAAGCUAUCGGAAGAGCAGGGUACACUUUCGGAAGCCCUCAUUACGACAGAUCUCAUGACCAGUUGUACUUCAAGCGAACCCGUGUUUGUCGAACUCAAUGAUCAGCCGACGGUGGAAGCCGAAACCGUGCUAGAAGAAACAAACAAGAUUGACAGGGCGGGAAACCGAUCUGGUGCAGCUGCAGCUGAUAGCAGCGAUAACAAGAGCGUUUCCAUCGUGGAAGUACAUGACGAGGCGGCCAUAGUCGAUGAUGUAGAAGGAAAGGUAAUUGAGGAGCAUAUCAUACCCAUAAGCAUCGAAAAAGCUAGCACGUCUGAUACGAUGACCAUCACAGAGGUGAUCGGUGACGAGGCGAUCGUUGAAUCGCCGAACAUUUCAAAGACGGCCAGUAAUAUGCCUAGUCCCUUGAUCACGGCCGUCCCUGUGAUGGAUACAAUCGAUGAAAAGCAGGAAUCUGUUGAGCUAAGCCAUGAGAAGCUGCGCGAUCAACCAAAGCAGCCUGAAAUUUCGCUCGCAACGCUGGAGCACGUUACUAAGGAAGCUUUGGUCGAACGCACGCUGAACGAAGCUGCUGCUGUUGUGAAUGAAAUCGAAUCCAUCGUUGAUCAUAUCAUUACCGAAAAGCUUAUUCACAGUGGAGCAUCCGAUGGGGUGGCAGCAACGAAUGGUUUGCAAGAACCAUCUCCUCAAGAACCCCCACGAUUGGCCGCUUCCGCUGCACUGAUCGUAGAAGCGAUCGAGUCCAAGUCAUCCGGUGUGCACGGCAUGGUUUCUAGUAGAGAUAGCACUCAGAACAUGCAGACCAUUACCGUCACUAAUGGGCUUACUACUAACCUGGACGAAACGAUUGGCGAUACUAAUACACCCGCUUCCGGCGAUCCCCUGCCGACUGUUUCACCAUCAUUCGCAUCCGCACCGACACCACCAUCUGAAGCAUUUCCCGUUCCCGAACCAUCGGUGCUGGACCCUCCCGAAGUCGUUCCAAACGCAUCCACAAUUGCCAGUGUCAGUGAGACACAUAGUAUCAAUUUUGUCGCAGAUGAGCAGCGGUCCAACGUAACGGCUGGACAGGAUGUCGUUGACAACGGUAUGCAAGGCAUCGCUAGUACCGUUGAGCAGCGCGUCGCAGCCACCGAACAGCCGAGUGCAGCUACUACAACAAUUGGCCAAGUACCGACCAGUGUCAGCAACGUUACUAAUCCCAAAUUUCUCACCUUGAAUCUAGCUAACUAUAGCACUAGCGACAGUAGUGGUAACAAUAGCAAAAGCUCGUCCUUGUCGAUAGCUAAUCUCUCACAGUCGGGCGCGUCGUCGGCUGGCGGUGACAGUGCCGACCAGCUGAUGGAACUCGAACUGUUGCGUAAGAAAUUGGACGAAACGGAACGCGCUAUGACUAAAAUAAUCGCCAAUAUGGGCAACAUACCGAAGGGCCAGGAAACAAACGUGAACGCGGAUGAACCCGUAACGGAGGAAAAAGAAACAGCAGCAGAAGUGAGCGCUACGGUGGAAGAUCGUGCAAAGGUAUCGAAUGGACAUGCGAUCAAACCAGCGGAAAGCGCUACCGAUAAUGAAUCAUCCGAAAAGGAAACGUCUGGUGGCGAAUCUUCCAGCGCGAAUAGCACACCGGAGAAGAAACCGAAAAAACGAGACACCAGCACGGAGCGUGGUACGGUGAAGGUGAUGGCAAUGGAGGUGACGGCACAGCGCGAAAAUGGCAAGCGUCUCAGCCGGCCCUCGACACCACUGCUGCCGAUGGGUGGCCAUGCAGAUGCGGCAAACGCACCGACCGAAGAGCAAGAGACACGGUCGAUUGUUCUUGAUGGUCGGUUACCGCACGAUUCGAAGAUUCUGGUGGCCGAUGCCGAAACGGCGGUGGAAAAACUCGAACCGGACAACUCCGAGGAAGAGGAUGACGCACCCGUGAUAUUGAGUGGCAAGAUGACAUUGUCCUUGAUCAAUAUGGAUUUCAUCGAGAAGGAUGCAACCGGCACUGUUGCAGUUGGUGAAAUUGUUACGGAACUACACAAGCCGCAAGAAGAACUUACGACAACGUCGUCAAAGGACACCGAAUAG